AUGCCGUCCACCCUUGGCAACACCGACCUCUCCAUUUUUGAAGAGGAGCCUGUAAUCGAGGCAAAGCCGCUGCUGAUGAAGGACGACCAGAUCGCCGAGUUGGCGGCAACGAUCAGGGCCCGCUUCAACUUGGAGGGCGAACUGUGCCGGCUCCUUCGCAAAUGCUUCAAAAGCCAGAAAGGUGCCCUCGAGUUGUACAGACGUGCGCAGAGGGAACGUUGCCAGCGCAAAGCCUGGGAGAUGUACAACGACGCCACGCGCAAGGCAUCGGAAAUCAAAGUGAAGCUCAACAACAACAAGGAAAAGAUGCUGCGCGCCGAGGAGCUGUUGAAGGAGUACAAGCGUCAGCAGCAGACCGACUCCACCGCCAUC